AUGUUUUUUCUUCAUCCUCCAGGACAAGCCUAUCAAUGUUACACGUGCAAUAUGGCUACUAAUGAUGCAGAAUGUAUGCAAGUCACCAACUGCUCGUCCCCAACUCCCUACUGCGGGUCCGUAGUUGUUGAUGCCAGCUUUAUAAAGGUGGUGAGCAAGUUUUGUUCGGCAGCAUGUGUUAACGGCAACCAGAACGUUACUAUACUGUCUAGUACAGAGAGGUGCUGCCAGUCCGACUUAUGUAACGACCAGUCCAUCGGCAACAACAACUUCGAUUUUGGCAGCGGUGCAAGUGGAAUGACCAGCAACAUUUUUCUCAUCUUCGCAUUCCUCCUCAGCGUCAUAACCGUACUGAGCAUAUAAGGGAUCCAUCAGUGAUUUAUUGUAAUAUCUCCCCAAAAAUCAGUAAAUUUUAAUAUGGU